UUGAUUGUCAGAUACUGCCACGGUUUCCACAGCUUCAAGAAUUGUACUUUUUCUUGUUGGUGCUAUUGCUGAGCCAGAUCCAAUGUUUUGUACUGGAGAUGACCAUACCAUGACCUGGCACUGAAAUACUGAUAUUUCUAUACUAGAGGAUCAUAUUGUCAAUCUUCCAGCGCUCUACUGUGACAGCAAUCAGACAAAUCUUGAACUCAAGGGAAUCUAUCAGUAUCAAUUGGCAGUAGCUGAAACUAUACUUAAGAAUUAUUGGUGGCAGGCAUCUUUUCCAGUUUUGGUUUUUUGCCUUUCUUCUGGUCUUAUUAUGUAGGCAUUCUAUCUAUUUCGGUCUGAUGGUUUUUACAGUAAAAUGACACAUGAGAAAUUUCCAGUUAAGCAAUACCAACUCUAGUGUCAUGUUUAUAAUAGCAAGUAUCUUAGUGCAAGCAAUCUCUUGAAAACCCCUUGCAGUCAUCACAGGAUGAAUUCUUGACUUGGUGCUAUGAAUGCUGAGAGGAUGGCUGUGGUCUCUGCAAUCACUGUAGUCGUUUUGCAUGGUAGAUCUAGCAGGAUUGCUUAAGAAGGCUACCAAGAAGAACAACCAAGAAAGCAACAGUCCUUUCCUCUGUUGGAUUACAACGAAUCAAUUGAUCAUAACUUCUCAGCUGUGCACCUCAACUAGAUUGGCCUACCCAAAUGGUGUUGGCUGUCAUGCAUACUUUAUUAAAAGAUUUUUCUGAAAGAUCAAUGUCGGUCUAAUGUGGGGACUAUCAGUUGUGGACCAUGAGUGUGUGUUGCACUCCCUUAUGAACAUCAUAAGCACUUCAUCGAGGGUCUGCAUCAGAGUUUCUAGGAUAAUCUUUCACUGGCAACCACUUGAAACGACACCAAUCCGGAUGAAACUAUGCUAGACUGAUAGUUAUGUCCACCGAACUUGUCGACGUAGUAUUAUCUUAUAAUGUCCAAACAAAAUACUACCCACUGGUGGUUCAGGCUAUCUUUUCCUAUUGUUGGAGGGGACCACCACACCAAUGUUCAACUUUUGUGCAAUUGUAACCAGAGUUUCUGUGGCAGGGAGUUUCAGUGCACUUUAAUUUGGAAUGACACAAUACAGGCUGAAUAUAUAUAACCGGAACUGGGAACAAGAGUGCGUGCUUCUGAGGACUGCAUCUAAGUACUGUUAAAGUGUCAACCAUGAAAACCCGAAAGGGAAAACGUUCAGAGCCCUUUUGGCCUUCAAUUGUAAUGAGGAAGUGGUUAAAUAUUAAACCAAAGGUGCAUGAGUUCAGUGAGGAUGAGGUUGAUACUGAGAGUGAAGAUGAUGAGACAAAGAAUGUUAGAAGGGAAUGGGUCAUUCAAGCAGUGGGCAGCGAAAAUGCAGUCUCUACUCAAACUUCAGAGUUUCAAAGGAAGGGUGCCUCAUCAAGACUGAGGAGAAGAAAAUCAGAGACUUUGCGGAUUCAAUAUAUAAAUAAAAAGGAUGUGAGGGUCAUGAUAGGAUCAUGGAAUGUUGCUGGAAGAGUCCCAUCUGAUGAUCUCGAGAUUGAUCAGUGGCUUUGUACAGGAGAUCUAGCAGAUUUGUACAUUCUUGGUUUUCAAGAGGUAGUUCCUUUGAAUGCUGGUAAUGUGUUGGGAGCAGAAGAUAGCAGGCCAAUCCCAAAAUGGGAGGCCAUAAUUCGGAGGGCAUUAAAUAAGUCUUCAGAGCCAAAGCCAGCAUGUAAAAGUCAUAGUGCUCCUCCAUCACCUGUGUCUAACAACAUGAUUCCUAAUAGGGAGCUUUUAAAUAAUUCAGUUGUGCCUAUAGUGACCAUUACAAGCAAUAUUGUUGAAGAAGAUGAGGAUGAACAUAUUAAUCUGAGGAAGAGAUUUCAGGAGGAGAAUGGCGUGCUUAACAUUGAUCAUGUGACUAAGCUUGACUGGCCUGAAUAUUCAUUAGAUACCCCACCACAACCUUUGCAAUCUGGAACUAAGUUGAGGAGAGUCUUGAGCAAUGUCCCAAGCAGCGGCUUUGAUUUGAUGGAGAAAUCUCAAUUUGCAGACUCCUUCAAUGUGCAAUUCAAUAUUGGAUUGAAAAGAGUGUAUCACAGCUCUGGGAACCUUGGGAUGCUCUGGCAUCAGGAGCAAAAGGUGUCUGAUCUUGAUACAUUUGAUGAUUUUUCUGACAAGUUGUCUAAAGAGGGAAAUUCAAUUCCGGAAUAUGUGACUGACAAAUGUGAAGAUGGAGCUAGCGAUGAAUAUGCAAAGCCCCGGGCUAGAUAUGUGCGGAUCGUUAGCAAGCAAAUGGUUGGUAUUUACAUAUCAAUUUGGGUGUCUAGGAGGCUUAGGAGACAUAUAAACAAUUUGAAGGUGUCACCAGUUGGUGUUGGUAUAAUGGGAUACAUGGGAAACAAGGGUUCUGUUUCUGUAAGUAUGUCACUCUUCCAAACUCGUUUUUGUUUCGUCUGUUCUCAUCUGACAUCCGGCCACAAAGAAGGAGAUCAACAUAAGCGCAACUCCGAUGUCUAUGAUAUCUUACAACGCACACGGUUCUCUGGUAUUUCAGAUGUUGAUCAACCCAAGACAAUCCCUUGUCAUGAUCGUAUAUUUUGGUUUGGCGAUUUGAACUAUCGUCUUAAUUUGCCGGAUGCUGAAGUAAGGGAAAUGGUUGCUAAGAAACAGUGGGACGAACUCAUCAACAGUGAUCAGCUAGCGAAGGAGCUAAGAUAUGGUAGGAUAUUUGAUGGAUGGAAGGAGGGCCCUAUUGAUUUCCCACCAACUUACAAGUAUGUCAUAAACUCCAACAGGUAUGUUGGCGAAAAUGCCAGAGAAGGUGAAAAGAAGAGAUCCCCGGCAUGGUGUGAUCGUAUACUUUGGUCUGGAAAAGGUAUUAAACAGCUUUCUUACCAGAGGUCGGAGCUAGACAUCUCGGAUCAUCGUCCUGUGAGCUCUAUCUUCUCAGUUGAAGUUGAAGUUUUUGACCAGAGGAAACUCCAAAGGGUUCUGAAUGUCACUAAUGCCGGCUUGCUACCUGAAGUGUUCUGCUGUGAAGAGAAAGGAUGAUGCAUUACCAUGAACUUUCGUCACCUGGUGGCAAUCAGAAAUAUAACACCUCAAUCCAUAAAUAUUUUUUUUGGAUGGACUCAACAUGACCAUAGAUAAUUGGUGGAGAAUUAAAUAAUUAAAGUCCAGAAUUAUCGACUCUAGAAUAGGGUGUGUGCUCAUGUGGCUUGUUGAACUCAGUGAGGAGUUUUUAGAUUUUUGUGUGAUUCUAGUUCCAGUGGUGAAACUUAUGUACAAUAUCUGGGAGAAAUAAAUUACAGAACUUUUAAAUGGCUGUUAUAUCUAAAGCAAUUGAUGCCGGGACAUGGAUCAAAGUAUAGGUUUUGAGAAUUGAAGGGUGAAGUACAAAAGGUUUUGUAUUGCUUGUGUAUUUUCUGUCUUUUUUUUUACAAGUUUAUUGUAUGAGAAACACUAACAACAAAUGUUCAGAAAUAUCAAAAUCCUCUAGCA